AUGUACCUUUUCUGGGCGGCCGUGGCCUUCGUGGCCGCUACGACCUCGUCGUCUAGCGGUACGACCCUCGUCCGGGCGAGCGUUUCCUCGGAAGUCCAGCCGCGAACUUGUACUACGGGCCCGUCGGCCUCGGAGCAGCGCCCGGACGGCUUCCCUAUUAACGACUUCACGUACAUCAAGCCGGCUGAGGACUGGGUGUCGUACGCGGUGAAGCCGGACUGGUAUGCCGACCAAUUUGUCUCUGGCCCGCACUACAUGUCCUACAACCACGAGAGCGACCCGUUUGGAGCUUUCAAGUGCCAGUUCACCUGUAACAGCGCCGCGGACUGCAACUCGUUCUUCGUGUGGUAUGCUGAAAUUGGCACUACCGAAGAGCAUCUCAACUGCGUCUUGUUCGACGCCGUCAUCGACGCCUCGGCCUUUGUUCUUUCUAACGGCACCAUCGGCGGCGGGGGCUACGACCGCCUCUGCAAGAAGAAGCCUGCCCCGAGCUAA